AUGCAACAUCGCUCCGCGGACACGAAAUACCAGGGCCUCAUAACCGCGGGAUGUUUGCUCGGCCCAAAUAUUCGCGUUGCGAACGCGUCGGCCGUGGAAGGAGGCGCGGCGCAGUCGGCAGGUGGGCAGAGCGAUACAGCGCCACCUGUUGCCGCCGCCCCGAUACUAUCGGAGAAUAAAUCGGCGGCGGCAACGGGCGGAAUCGCGCCCCGCGCCGCCAAUAAACGCUUUUACGACGCGACGCCGCCGAGAUCCCGCGCGUCUCGAUUCUUGCGCGAUUUAUUUUUAUUCGGCCCGACUCCCGUUCCGAGGGAGCGGCCGGUCGUAAGCGCGGGGGCCGAAUGGCGGCCGCGC